AUAGGACUUGGGUGGCGCGACGACUGGGUCGAGCGGGGUGUCACGGCUGACCUCGUGAAGUCCUGGGGUCCACCGGGUCGGCUCGGGACCCGCGGCCUCUGCGUUCGUCCUUCUGCGAGCUGCGGGCCGAGACGCUCGCACCCUCAGGCGCAUGCGCUGCCUCGCCGGCUGCCUUCUGCGUUCAUAGGGUCAGAGGUCAAGGGGAAGGUCUGAGGGAAAGUGAUGUACCGUCUGACCUCAUCCAUGCUGCCUCGGGCCUUGGCCCAGGCCAUGGGCACAGGGCAUCUUAAUGGCCAAAGCCUCCACAGCAGUGCAGUGGCCGCAACCUACAAGUAUGUGAAUGUACCGAAGCUCGAGAUGGACAUGAAGUCUGUGACUGACCGCGCAGCUCAGACUCUGUUUUGGACGGAACUCUUUCGAGGACUGGGCAUGACCCUGAGCUACCUCUUCCGGGAGCCUGCCACCAUCAACUACCCAUUUGAGAAGGGCCCCCUGAGCCCGCGCUUCCGCGGGGAGCAUGCAUUGCGCCGCUACCCGUCCGGGGAGGAGCGCUGCAUCGCCUGCAAGCUCUGUGAGGCCAUCUGUCCUGCACAGGCCAUCACCAUCGAGGCUGAGCCAAGAGCCGAUGGAAGCCGCCGGACUACGCGCUAUGACAUCGACAUGACCAAGUGCAUCUACUGCGGUUUCUGCCAGGAGGCCUGCCCUGUGGAUGCCAUCGUGGAGGGCCCCAACUUUGAGUUCUCCACGGAGACGCACGAGGAAUUGCUGUACAACAAGGAGAAGCUCCUCAACAACGGCGACAAGUGGGAGGCGGAGAUUGCCGCCAACCUCCAGGCCGACUACCUGUACCGGUGACCCGCCACCUGGCCCAGCCUGGUGACCCCUGGAGCCCAUAAAGAAACUAUGAUCCCACAA